UAAUGAUCUAUCAAAUUCUCUCCAGACCACAAAACUAUUCUCUCUAUCUCCUUCCCUCCCUUCUUACUACACAAAACAAAAUCCUUAUUCCUUCAUCACUUUAUUUUUCUUCCUCUGCUUCACGAAAGAAAAAAACAUCUUAGAAAAUCCAAAAAUGUUAGCAAGAGAAUCACCUUCGAGUUGUUUUGAUAUUCCAGAAGAAAUUCUAUCGUUAUUACCAUCAGAUCCAUUUGAACAGCUCGAUAUCGCGCGUAAAAUUACAUCGAUUGCCUUAUCAACACGUGUAGCAAAACUCGAAUCAGAAUCGAACCGUCUAAAAGCAAAAGUUGAAGAGAAAGAUGAUUUAAUAUCUGAAUUACAGUCUCAGAUUGAAACCCUUGAUUCUGCUCUUUCUGAAACUGCUGAUAGACUUACUCAAAUUGACCAAGAAAAGGAGAGUUUACUGAAGGAGAAUGAAUCUUUGUCAAACACAGUAAAAAAGCUCAAUCGAGAUGUUUCCAAGUUGGUAUUCAAGAAAACACUCAUGCAGUCACUACAAGAGGAGGAUGAGAAGGCUCCAAAAGGAUCUUCCCAAGUAGCUAAACAGAUACAAGGAAGUCCAAAUAGUAUUUCUUCAGGAUCAAACCAUGGAGAAGAUGAUGCUGCCGUAUUGCCGCCAUCGGUAUCAUCUUCAAUUAGCAAGAGUCAGUUUUCGGAAACUGAAAAUUCACAAGAAGACAGUGGUAAUUCAGUAGAGACAGAGGUUGUGGCAGCACCAAGAUAUGGUUCACAAGGUCCUCUACUAGCUUCUUACAGUAACACACCAAAGCUUACUCCCCCGGGUUCCCCUCCAAGUUAUCCUCCACGAAGAACACUGUCUAAACCUACAUCACCAAGGCGACAUUCUAUUUCAUUUUCCUCCACAGGGUCAGGAAUGUUUGAUCGAUCAUCAAUUUACUCUUCUAUGCCAGCCAGCUAUCAGAGUUCAGUAUCAAGUUCUCCUGCUCCUGAAAUGGCAUCUCAAUCUGGCCGAACUCGUGUUGAUGGGAAGGAGUUUUUCCGCCAAGUUAGGAGCCGUUUGUCUUACGAACAGUUUGGUGCAUUCUUAGCCAAUGUGAAGGAGUUGAACUCACACAAGCAAACCAGAGAGGAAACUUUUGUUGGAAUAUUUUCAACGCCGCUAACCAAAGGGGGGUUCUGGGGGGCAUCGCCCCCCAGGCUGUGGUCGACCUGACAGGUCAGGUCGUGGGGGUCCAGGGGAGACCGCUCCUGGUAGGGGUUUCAAAGGGGCAACGCCCCCGGAAGAAUUUUUUGAACUGACGGUUUUAUUUGGCCGAUAAAAGCCUGUUCGAAAAUUUCGAAUCCAAAAGACACCAUUGAUGUCUGUUGAUGAAGGAACCUGACGUUUCGUGAAUAGAAACCUGUUGGCGAAUAAAAACCUAUUCCCAACAGGUGCAAAACCCUUUAUAAA